GAUGUAAUUUCACACAGUAAAAAGCUGAAUAAGAAAAAAGGAGGAGAAAUGGACCUAUUGAAUAACACUGACAACCAGGGAAUCAAAAGUUUGAGUAAGGAGAGGAGAAAAACACUAGAAACAUAUCAGCAGCUAUUUUACCUUUUACAGACCAACCCUUUAUACCUGGCUAAGCUGAUUUUCCAGAUGCCACAGAACAAGUCGACUAAAUUUAUGGAUACUGUUAUUUUCACACUAUACAAUUAUGCUUCUAAUCAGCGGGAAGAAUAUCUACUCCUCAAGCUUUUUAAAACUGCUCUGGAGGAAGAAAUAAAAUCAAAAGUGGACCAGGUGCAGGACAUAGUUACUGGUAACCCUACAGUCAUCAAGAUGGUCGUCAGCUUCAACAGAGGUGCCCGGGGACAGAAUACCCUGCGCCAGCUCCUGGCUCCAGUGGUGAAAGAGAUCAUUGAUGACAAGUCCCUGAUCAUCAACACGAGCCCUGUAGAUGUGUACAAGGCUUGGGUGAACCAACUAGAAACACAGACUGGAGAGGCCAGCAAGCUGCCGUAUGACGUGACUACAGAGCAAGCUCUGACAUACCCAGAAGUGAAAAAUAAACUGGAGGCAUCCAUUGAGAACCUGAGAAGGGUCACUGACAAAGUCCUGAAUUCUAUCAUUUCUUCCCUUGACCUGUUGCCUUAUGGAUUGAGGUAUAUAGCCAAAGUUCUGAAGAGUUCGAUCCAUGAGAAAUUCCCCGAUGCAACAGAAGAUGAGCUAUUAAAGAUUGUCGGAAACCUCCUGUACUAUCGGUACAUGAACCCAGCCAUUGUAGCUCCAGAUGGCUUUGACAUCAUCGACAUGACAGCUGGAGGUCAGAUAAAUCCAGACCAAAGGAGAAACUUAGGAUCAGUGGCUAAGGUUCUUCAGCACGCAGCCUCGAACAAGCUGUUUGAAGGAGAAAAUGAACAUCUCUCAUCUAUGAACAGUUAUUUAUCAGAGACAUAUCAGGAAUUCAGGAAAUAUUUCAAAGAAGCAUGUGAUGUCCCUGAGCCAGAAGAGAAGUUUAAUAUGGACAAAUACACAGACUUGGUGACAGUCAGCAAACCAGUCAUUUAUAUUUCAAUUGAGGAAAUCAUCAGCACGCAUUCACUCCUGUUGGAACACCAGGAUGCGAUUGCCCCCGAAAAAAAUGACUUACUGAAUGAGUUGUUGGGGUUGCUCGGAGAAGUACCUACUGUGGAAUCUUUUCUUGGGGAAGGAGCAAUUGACCCCAAUGACCCUAACAAGGCAAAUACACUAAAUCAGCUCUCAAAGACUGAGAUUUCUCUUUUCUUAACCAGCAAAUAUGACAUAGGGGAUGGUGAAGCCGUAGAUGGCCGAAGCCUUAUGAUAAAGACCAAAAAGCUAAUUGUCGAUGUGAUCCGGAACCAGCCAGGGAACACAUUGACAGAAAUCUUAGAAACACCAGCAACUGCACAACAGGAAGAAGAUCAUACCACAGACAUGGUGAGCCAUGCAGUUAUAGAUUUGAGGACUCCAGAAGAAAUGAAGCAUAGCCAAUCUAUGAUUGAAGAUUCACAGCUGCCUCUAGAGCAGAAAAAGAGGAAAAUCCAGAGGAAUCUUCGGACAUUGGAACAGACUGGACAUGUGUCAUCCAAAAAUAAAUACCAAGACAUUCUCAAUGAGAUUGCCAAGGAUAUUCGAAAUCAGAGAAUCUAUCGUAAGCUUCGAAAAGCUGAAUUGGCAAAACUUCAGCAGACCCUGAAUGCACUUAAUGAGAAGGCAGCAUUUUAUGAAGAGCAGAUUAAUUAUUAUGAUACCUACAUAAAGACUUGUUUAGAGAACUUAAACAGAAAAAAUACUCGGAGAUCAAUUAAACUAGAUGGAAAAGGAGAACCCAAAGGUGCGAAGAGAGUGAAGCUUGUGGGGUACACUGCCACAAAGCUGCAUGAGAAAGGUGUCCUGCUAGGAAUAGAUGAUCUUCAAACAAACCAGUUUAAGAAUGUUACGUUUAAUAUCAUAGCUACUGAAGAUGUGGGCAUUUUCGAUGUCAGAUCAAAAUUUAUUGGUGUUGAAAUGGAAAAGGUGCAGCUCAAUAUUCAGGAUUUACUUCAGAUGCAGUAUGAAGGAGUAGCUGUAAUGAAAAUGUUUGAUAAGGUUAAAGUGAAUGUAAACCUUCUCAUUUACCUGCUGAACAAGAAAUUCUAUGGAAAGUGAAGUGCCUGAAGAAAUUUCAUGGAUUCUGUAUCACCUGGAUUGGGAAAUGAAUUUGUUUGGUAUUUUUAUUUUUAAACAUGAUUGAAAUCACUGCUUAUAAAUGUGUGAUUUUUUUUUUAAGACCAAAACUGUUCUGAAGAAUGUACCCAUGUGCCUUUUGGAUAAUUUGAUACUACAGUAGAAUGAUACACAGAAUGAAUUAAUGUAAACACAUACACAUUGUACUGUGGUAUAGGUACUAUGAUUUAAAACUUUGGGCAUCCUGUGAUUUGUUUUAAAGUAGGGAGAAAAAUUUAGCUGACUAGGGACAAAUGUAUAAACCUAUUUUCCUAUGAAAAAAAUUUUAAAUGUUCCACUUGAAUAAUGUAAUUCUUCAUAGUUUUUUUUUUUUUUUUUUAAUCUAUGGAGAAAUGGAAACCUAAUUAUUUGUAAUGAAUUAUUUAGACAGAUACUUCAUUCUAAGCCCUGUCUUCUGGGAGUUAUCAAUUUUAAAAAGAACUUUUGUGCAAUUCAAAAUGAUGUUUUUAUAAGUAAUUGAAAGUGACAGUACAAUAACACUUUCUGUAUAAAAGUAUAUAUUUUAUGUGAUUUAUUCCUACUAAUGAAAGUGCACUACUGCCUCAUGUAAAGACUCUCAUAUGCAGAGCCUUUAAGUGACUAAGGAACAACGUGGAUAGUGAUCAUAGGCCCCCACCUCCGCCCCUCACAAUUUAUUCGAAUACUCAACUGUGCCUCUCAAUUUUUUGUAAUGCUAUAAAAUCAGUAUCUAGAUGGUUUUUAAAUGUAUUCUUUGAAAAUUGUUUUAUGUAAAAUAAAUGUUACUUAAUUACAUUAA